AUGUCGGGCCAAAUUGCAGCUUUGGAGGAGGACCGCCAACAGUAUCAAGAGCAGCUCGAUGUUGUUCUCGCCGGCCUCAAAGAUGAUCCCGAAAAUGCCGAACUCAAGAAUCUUCAGGCGGAGUUGAAUGACAUGAUUUCCCUCCUAAACGAGUCUCUUGCUGAGCUGCAGCCGAAGCAGGCGCCCAAGCCCAUCCCUCAAAAAGCGCCCAGCCCGCCAGAGCCCGAGAAGUGGUCCAAGGAAAACCACCCAGCUUUCAAGAAGGCUGCACCCGCCCCCGAAGAGAAGGAGGAACCACCCGUUACGUACUCGGUGAAUGACACUGUCAUGGCGAAAUGGGCAUCGGGCGACAGAGGCUUCUAUCCUGCCCGAAUCACAUCCAUCACCGGCUCUUCAACAGAUCCCGUCUACAUUGUCAAGUUCAAGAGCUAUGACAACACGGAAACGCUGCGAGCCAAGGACAUCCGCCCCAUGUCCAACAAACGCAAGGCUGACGGAGCACCAGCUCCCGCAUCUAGCACCGCACAACAGACCGCACGUCCGCCGGGCCCCUCGAAUGGUGUCGUUACAUCCGCAGCAGCUAGCUUGUACCCUGAGCAACAAGCCAAGAUUGAAGCAGAAAAGAAUGCUGCCGAUGGCGCCGCAAAGCCCCCUAAAGCCAAGAAGAUCAAAGCUACGAAAGAAUUGGAAAAGGGCAAAUCCAAGUGGCAGGAGUUCAACUCAAAGUCCAAGUUUGGAAAGCAGAAGAAGGACAGCAUGUUCCGCACACCUGACGGCGUUGGCGGCCGAGUUGGUUUCACAGGCUCUGGCCAAGCUAUGCGGAAAGACACUGCUCGCAGUCGACACGUUUAUCAACAAAACGAUGAGCUCGACUAA